UGCAGGCGGCAGCUCCAGGCGGCAGCGUGAGGACCUGGGACAUUAUUGGCACGUGACGCCCCGGAUCCUGCAGGGCAACCAGACACUCAGCAUGGCCGAGACAGAGCUGGACGGCUUCCCAGCCCGGCUGCAGGUGGCCCUGGACCUGGGGGGGGUGCAGCUUGUGCUGGGGUUAGAGCAAACCCGGGGGGUGGCUCCGGGCGCCCGGGCGCUGCUCUAUUACUUGCCCAACGGCACGCGGGUGACGCAGGCCGCUGGCUCGCAGGGAAACUGCUGCUACCGGGGCCAUGUCCGGGAGUAUCCAGGCUCCUGGGCCAGCGUCUGCGCCUGCUCGGGACUCAGCGGCGUCCUCGUGGCCUCGGAGAACAGGAGCUACGGCCUGGAGCCGGACCCCCAGGGGCCCCGUGGGAGGCACCUGGCCUACAGGCCCCGGGAUGUGCGGCUGGGACAGAGGGAGUGUGGGCUGGGCCCCCCCAACCACACGCAGCCGCUGCUGGACCCGGAGCCGCGCAGGGGGAAGCGGGAGGCAGCCCCAGAGCAGCCCUUUGUGGAGCUGGUGAUGGUGGUGGACCAUGCAGAGUUCCAGAAUUACCCCAACAUGGAACGGAUCCAGACCCGGAUGCUGGAGAUCGCCAACCAGGUGGACACGUUCUAUCGGCCCCUGGGCGUCCGCGUGGCGCUGCUGGCGGUGGAAGUGUGGAACCAGGGGGACCCCAUCACCGUGGGGCCCAGCGCCCGGGCCACGCUGGAGCGCUUCCUGCAGUGGAGGGAGAAGGAGCUGCUGCCCCGGCUCCCGCAUGACAACGCCCAGCUGCUCACGGGGGCCCCGCUGGAGGGGGUGGCGGUGGGGAUGGCGUCCCAGGCCUCCAUGUGCUCGGCCGCGCGAUCGGGCGGGGUCAGCGUGGAUCACUCGGUCAGCGUCCUGGUCGUGGCCUCCACCGUGGCUCACCAGCUGGGCCACAACCUGGGCAUGACCCACGACGGUGCCGGGCGCCAGUGUGACUGUCUCGGCCCCUACCAGGAGCGGAGCUGCAUCAUGGCACCGCCCACGGGGCUGAUGCCCGGUCUGAGCUUCAGCAGCUGCAGCCGGCAGGACGUGGAGCGGAGCCUGCGCCGGGGCCAGGGCUGGUGCCUCUUCAACGUGCCCGAGCCCAAGAGCUUGGUCGUGCGCCCGCACUGCGGGAACUGGCUGGUGGAGAAGAACGAGACGUGCGACUGCGGCCUCCGGGAGGAGUGCACUGACCCCUGCUGCAACGCCAGCAGCUGCCGGCUGGCCCCUGGAGCUGAGUGCGCCACGGGGGAUACCUGCUGCCAGGACUGCAAGCUGCGAGGGGCCGGCUCCACGUGCCGGGAGCCCCGUGGUGAAUGCGACCUCCCCGAGUUCUGCGACGGGCUCUCCCCACGCUGCCCUCCCAACACGUACCUGCAGGACGGGCAACCCUGCGCCGGGGGCCGAGCCUCCUGCUACGGGGGGGCCUGCACCACCUACCAGGGCCAGUGCCAGGAGCUGUGGGGCCCAGGUUCGGGCCCUGUCUCUGACGUCUGCAUGGCCUCCCUGAAUGCCAGGGGGGAUGAGCAUGGGCACUGCGGGCAGCGCCCCAACGGCACCUACAUCCCCUGUGCCCAGUGGGAUGCUGGCUGCGGGAGGCUGCAGUGCCAGGGCGGCAGUGCCCAGGGCACCCUGGAGGAUGGGGUGGCACCUGGCUGCCGUGGGACCCCCCUGCCCCUGGGCGAGGAUGUGAGCGACCUGGCCAUGGUGCUGCCGGGCACGGCCUGUGGCCCCGGGAAGGUGUGCAUCAGAGGCCAGUGCCGGGACAUCUCCGAGCUGGGAGUGCAGGAGUGUGGGAGCCAAUGCCACGGGCACGGGGUCUGCAACAACAACGGGCACUGCCACUGUGAGGCGGGCUGGGCCGCCCCCGCCUGCAACAGCCCGGGGUCCGGGGGCAGCGUGGACAGCGGCCCCGGGGGCCUGGAGCAAGGGGGCAGCGCGCUCCCCACCACCCUGAUCCCGGCCACGGUGAUCCUGGUCCUCGCUCUGGGGCUUUGCUACGCCAAGCGCGCCGGCCUGCACCAGCACCUCUGCCAGCUCGGCAAGGGCACCAGCUGCCCGUACAGCGCCAAGCCAGGGCCCCAGGUGCAAUUGCUCAGCGCAGGAGUCUCGGCCGAGCCGAACGGGAUCUCUCAGCUGGAGCAGCGAGGCUCCACCGAGCCCCACCCCAGGCGCCCGCGGCCCCUGCCUGCAGAGCUGCAGAUGAUGCCCAUCAGUAAGCCCAUUCCCCAAGGCUGGGCCCGGCCCGACCCGCCUUCCAAGCCGCUCCCGCCUGACCCGCUUCCUAAGGAAUCCCAGGCCUUGCUGCGGGACAGGCCGCCCCCCCCCACGCGCCCACUGCCUGCAGACCCUGUGCUGAAAGGCGCUCAGCCGCCAGGCCCUGCCAAGCUGCCCCUGCCCAGGAGGCUGCUGCCCUCGGAUCCCACCGGGCCCCUCGUCUCCGGGCCUGAGCUGUCCUCGGUGCACUCCUACGGCCCCCACGUCAUGGUGCUGCCCUCCAGGCCAGCUCCCCCGCCCCCCGCUGGGCAUCUCCAGUACACCUAGCGUGAGAUGGCUACUGCUGCCUGCGUGUGGGCUGCCCGGGCUCUGGAACCUCCCCUCCCUCGCUGCCUGUUGGACUCGGGGUUACUGGUCCCCCCCGUCGCUGGCAUGGCCCCUCCAUGCCCCCGACUCUGGAAGUUCCCGAGCGCUGGGAUCUCUCUCUGGGCUCCUCCCCCUCCCGCACGGAGACGCCCGCCCGCCAGCUCGGGGACGCUGCGGAGCCGGAUCGGAACUAGCCUUGGGCUGCAGGAGUCUUGGCCUGUUACACUCUGCUGCGGACGCUGUUCCUGGGUAUUUGCCCAAAGCCCCUCUCCUGCCCACACCCUGCCAGGGCGCCAUCCCCUCGGCUGGACCUGCCAAUCCCCUGCCCUGGGAACUGGGCCUCGAGAGGCCUUGGGUGGUGGGGGUUCCGAACACUGGGUGUGGCUGGGCGCACCCCAGGGGAGCGGCUGCGUCUGGGCAGGGAGCACGGGUGAGAGUGGGUGCGUGCCAGAGCUUGUCCUGGGAGAUUCGGCACCACCAGAGCCAUUCACUGGGACGCUGCCUGGCUGGGGUGGGAGGGACUCCCUGGUGUGGGGCUCCCCCUUCCUCUGGGGCGCUGGCUGCUUCUGAACCCGCUUUAGAUCAUCUGCAAACUGUCUAAUAAAGGGGCUGGGAGCUGCCUGAGUUAA